UCUUUUUGGGGUCAGAAUAGUAAAAGGAAAGAAUCAAAGCAAAGCAAAGCUAAAUCAUAUCAGUAAAGGUCUCUCUCUCUCUCUCAGACUCAGUUCUCCUUCCUCCUCACGAAAACAACAUCGUAAAAAAAUGGUGGAGGAAUCACCGGCGGAACAUGGCUUUUACAUGCCGGCGGAAUGGGAACCUCAUGCUCAAACUUGGAUCGGCUGGCCUGAACGGCAAGAUAACUGGCGGCACAGUGCUUUACCCGCACAGCGAGUGUUUGCAGAUAUUGCUAAGGCCAUCUCAAAGUUCGAGCCUGUCACAGUCUGUGCAAGCCCAGCUCAGUGGGAAAAUGCAAGGAAACAGCUACCAGAGGAUAUAAGAGUUGUUGAGAUGAGCAUGAAUGAUUCUUGGUUCCGUGACUCUGGACCAACUUUCAUUGUGCGGAAGAGACCAUCAAAGUUUAGUUCUCUAAACAGAAACAUUGCUGGAAUCGACUGGAAUUUCAAUGCUUGGGGAGGAGCUUGUGAUGGUUGUUACAAUGAUUGGAGUCAUGACCUUCUAGUUUCAAAAAAGAUUCUAGCUGUGGAACGUAUUCCAAGGUUUCAACAUCCGAUGAUUCUUGAAGGAGGCAGCAUCCAUGUCGACGGGGAAGGAACCUGCCUUGUCACAGAAGAGUGUCUCCUGCACGAAAACCGAAACCCUCACAUGUGUAAAGAGCAAAUAGAGGAAGAACUCAAGAAAUAUCUCGGAGUCAAAUCAUUUAUCUGGAUUCCUCGUGGUCUUUACGGUGAUGAGGACACAAACGGUCACAUUGAUAACAUGUGUUGCUUUGCCAAACCGGGAGUCGUGUUAUUGUCAUGGACAGAUGAUGAAACUGAUCCUCAAUACGAAAGGUCAGUGGAAGCUCUUUCGGUUUUCUCAAAGUCCGUUGAUGCUCGUGGAAGGAAGAUUGAAGUCAUCAAACUUCAUAUCCCGGGACCGCUCUAUAUGACCGAAGAAGAAGCGUCUGGAAUCACUCAGGAAGGUGAAGCUGUACCAAGGAUUGCAGGCACAAGACUCGCAGCAUCGUAUGUGAAUUUCUACAUUGUCAAUGGAGGAAUCAUCGUUCCGAAAUUCGGCGAUCCAAAACGCGAUGAAGAAGCUAUUCGUGUUCUCUCUGAGACAUUUCCUCAUCACUCGGUUGUGGGAAUCGAGAAUGCAAGAGAGAUCGUUCUAGCUGGAGGAAACAUACACUGCAUAACGCAGCAGCAGCCGGUGGAGCCUAGUUCCGUCGCCGAGAACGGCCACGCUCCGUUGCGGGAUUGAUAUUAAAUCCUGGCCGUUGAUUUUUCUCCAUUUUAAUACAGAUUUGAUUCGUGAGGGCGAACGAGAGCCGUUCGACUGUUCGAGACGUUUUAUUGGAUCCUGUGUACUUAUUUAUGGUAUCGUUAUUCUGAUCGGUUUAGGCUAUCAAACCAGCCUGUACCGAUCAAACAAUGGUUGCAUAAUGGCAUAACAAUUAGAUUUUUGUUUUGUUGUUACUUAUGCAAGCUCUCGAUGAUAAAAGCUGAAAUAAUGUAUUUAUUUGUUGUAUUUGUACUAUCAAAUGUUCAAAAAUAUUACUGGUUUUCAAAUCACUA